UUCCGACAACCAAAUCAUCGCUAAUGAUUGUCAAAACAGUGUUAUCAACAGAAGUGACUUUUUUAAUUCUGUUUUCAGUGCGGCAGCAAAAAUGUCGUACCAGUUUAAACUAGUCUAAAGACCCUUAGAGACAUUGAGACACUCUAAUAGAAUAUAUACACUAAUAGAAAUAGAUACUUAGAUAUAGACAUCCAGAUGAACUACGACGACGACCAACCUCCCAGUGAACCACCUCCAACAUACGAAGAAGCAAUUUCUGACUAUACUAGAAAGCCUGAAAGACGACCUCCACCGACACCUCAAAGACCUCAAUAUAAUGCUCCGCCUAUGCCUACAAGACCUUCUCUGGUUCCUAGCAUAAAUACCAGCACAAGCACCAGUACUAGUGUAAAUUCCAGUAUUAGUACCAGUACAUCCACCAGUACUGGUACUGGCACUGGAACAAGCACUAGUACAGGUAAUAUAGACUUAACGGAGUUAUAUACUACCAACCCCACAUUACCUUUUAAAUUCCCUAGAGGAUUUCUCUGCUCCAAAUGUAAAAAUUCUGGUUAUAAAACAAGUAAUAAUAAGAUAUGUCGAGAUUGCUGGGAUAGAUUCUAUUUACGAGGGAAUGCCUAUAAUCCUAAUCCUCGAUUAGCAUUCCAAUACCCGGUUAAUUUCUUAUGUGAUAAAUGUUAUAAUACCGGAUAUAAGAAGAAGAAUCGACAAUCAUGUCAGGAUUGUUGGGAAAGAUUUAGUCCUCGGAAUCAAGUGGCUGCUAGUUAUACACCAUUCAAUCCCUUAGGAGGUCUCUUAGGGGGUACUUACACUAAUAGUUAUAUGGGUCCAUCUCAAGGACCAUGGACGGCAGGUCCAAGUCUACCUCCACUAAGAGUACCUCCUGGAGAUCCCAGAUUGGGAGGAAUCUUAUGUGGUAGAUGUCGAGGGUCAGGACUAGUCCAUACAUUUCUACUUGAUGAAGAAUUGUGUCCAGUGUGUAAUGGACUAGGGAGAGUAAUACAUGGACCUCAUAUACCUCCACCUCAUGGAUAUGGACCUCCACCUCACGGACAUGGGCCACCACAUCAUGGACAUGGACAUGGACAUGGACAUGGACCUCCCCGUCAUGGACGCUGGUAAAUACUGUACUAAAUACAUUCACUAUAUACCUAA